AUGGAUUUUGUCGCUGGAGCUAUCGGAGGUGUCUGCGGUGUUGCUGUGGGCUACCCCCUGGACACAGUGAAGGUUAAGAUCCAGACAGAGUCGAAGUACAAGGGCAUCUGGCACUGUAUCCGAGAGACAUACCGACACGAGCGGGUGCUGGGCUUUUACAGGGGCCUCUCACUGCCUGUGUGCACCGUGUCCCUGGUCUCGUCCGUGUCCUUCGGCACCUACCGCCACUGCCUGGCGCACCUCUGCCGCCUCCGAUACGGCAGCACCGACACCAAGCCCGCCAGGGCCGACAUCGCGCUCUCAGGAUGUGCCUCUGGCUUCGUCCGCGUGUUCCUGACCUCCCCCACUGAGGUGGCCAAGGUGCGCCUGCAGACACAGACACAGCAGCGGCGUCUCUCGGCCUCGGGGCCCCCAAGUGCACUCCCUGUGUGUCCUGUGGCCGCUGCACCCAAGUAUCGGGGUCCGCUGCACUGCCUGGCCACGGUGGCCCGCGAGGAGGGCCUUCGGGGCCUGUACAAGGGCAGCUCGGCCCUGCUCCUCCGUGAUGGCCACUCCUUCGCCACCUACUUCCUCUCCUAUGCCAUCCUCUGCGAGUGGCUCACCCCUGCUGGCCACAGCCAACCAGAUGUCCUGGGUGUGCUGGCGGCCGGAGGUUGUGCAGGGGUCCUGGCCUGGGCCGUGGCCACCCCCAUGGACGUGAUCAAGUCGCGCCUGCAGGCAGACGGGCAGGGCCAGCAGCGCUAUCGGGGCCUCCUGCACUGUGUGGUGACCAGUGUGCGUGAGGAGGGCCCGCGGGUCCUCUUCAAGGGGCUGGCUGUCAACUGUUGCCGGGCCUUCCCUGUCAACAUGGUGGUCUUCGUCACCUACGAGGCUGCACUGGGGCUCAUGAGGGGUCUGCUUAGCUAG